CUAUUUGCAAAAGAAAUGACACUCUCGUGAUGCACAAACACUUUCGUCCGAAUAUAUACAUGGCGCUGUAUCUCGCGAACCGGCGCACCUUUUGGCAUAAAAAUAAGAGCGUUGGAAUCGCACGGAGGGCCCCAUUCCGUACAUGCAUAUUCUUCUAUAAAAUUCCACGUUCGAAAUUUUGACGUUCUGCGGAGCUCCGAUUGAGAGCUGUCAACGUCCGGUGUGUGUUUCCUUACUCGUCUCCCACUGCCACACGCCCCGUGCCAUCGCGCCGUGCCCUCGCCUUGCGUCGCCCCGUGUCGCGUCGGGAGUAUCACCACGGCCAGUGUCGCAUCACCACGGUCGAGGACCUUAGAUAGAGGGAUCAGGUCGGAGGGCAAAACCAGGAUCUUCGACAUGACAAAAACGGUGACCGGAAAGCGCAAAGGCCCCAAGCCGCCGGGCACUGUCGCCACAAGGAAGAAGGCAGCUCAAGCGCAACCUCAACCCCGAGAGCUUAGCCCUGACCUGCACUUCCCACUGAGCCCGUCGUCCCCAAUUCGCGUGGUAGUCAAGCGCAAACGCCUCACGCGUGAGACAUCUAUUGUCACUCUCGAUCGCACUCCCGCCUCCCCCAGGGCCCAAACCAAAUUCUGUCCCCAGUCAUUCUCGCCCACACCUGCAGCAAGCAGGAAAACUGAGAGCGACGCAGAUGACGAGGACGAAGAUGGAGAUGCAGACGAAGAGGGCAUAGACGAACUCGACUCGGACAAUGGCAGCUUGGCUGACAAUGAAGAUGACCCAAAUGACAACCUUCCAGUUGUCAAGAUCGAGUUCACAGUGCUUUGCUUCCACGAGGCGCAGAUGAAGAACAAGACGCCAAAGCCCUUCCUCACUGGAUCGUUUCGCGGAGAUACCUCCGACACCUGGCCCACUAUUCAGGAGGACCUGCAAGCGUGCAUAGUCGAGAACUUUGAAGAUGAGGACGCCAAGCUGCAGGACUAUUACUGUACAUACACCAUCCCAUACCACCGUGUGGCCUCAACCCCUCGGAAGCUUGAUAGCCUGAAAGCAUUCCAAGAGCUGGUGGAUUUUGUGUGCGAGAAGCCGAAGGAGAAGCCGACAGAGAUCAGGAUCUCUGCAUCGAAGAAGCCAUCGAAGAACAAUGGGAACUCGAGCUCAGAGGAACAGUCCUCGAAGAAGAGUAAAUCAAAGAAAGCAUCUGGGAGCCAGGCUCCAAAUGCCAAGACCAUCCUGCCUUCAAAUAUGGCACUUGUCAACGAGAUCGGUGACCUCAAGACACUCUGGACAUGUCCUACACCUGAGAAAUGUGGGGUCACACACUGCUUCUACGAUAAGCGUGAUCCCAGCAAGCCGCAUUUCCCGCUCUCGCAUGCACAGUUUGGCUGCUGGGGCGCAGGCAAUCUCAAGGGUGUACAUGUUUCGACUCGGGAUAUGCCACCAAACUCACCACUGUUUGACGCCCUGCAUGCGGGUGGUCACGGCUAUCCGGACGACCUGCGUUCACGUCGGGAAGCCUUGACAAACAAGAAGAUGACGGUCCCGACAGCCCCGCCAGUCACAAUUGUGUUCCCACCAGAGAUUGCCCAGUUCCUCGGGGGUAAUGGUGUACGCACGACCCUGCCAAUAGGUCCAUCUGCUCCUCUUGAGACGAAUUGUCUUAUUCCGUCGCAUCUCGGCCCCGGUCCCCUGUUGUCUAUCGCCACCUUCUGUCAAAAGUUUGAGCUCUCUGAUCGGAUUCGUGCCAAGUUUGAGGAGAAUGACUUCGACGAUACAAGCGGCUUUGCCUUCACCAGCACGGAUCAAAUGGAGAAGAUGCAGUUCUCUUUUGGCCAGAUCAACACCAUUCGUGCUCGCAUCACUCAGUGGGCAAUGCUCCAAGCUGAUGGAUGAACUCCCCUGUGCUGUCUGUCCCUGCUUCACUACUUACUUACGGCUACUAUACAUGUCUCUGCCGCAUCGGUCGCAGAUUGACCAGUACUUACUCCUACUGUAUCCAUGCUUUACUACUGCUGCUAUAAUCUCGCUUUGCUACUGUUACCGUUACUGUAAUCUCGCUUGCUACUGCUACUGUACUCAUGCUUUGCUACUUUACUUUUAGACUCAUGAUCAUGACUGCUGUUGUUGCCCACGGAAUCAGAUACAUUGUUCAAUGAGGUACUGAAGACAGUGUACUAAAAGUAGCCUGCAUGUAUGAAGUACCCGAGUGCAUCAAACUCCGUGACGAUGUUCAUGG